AUGUCUUAUCAAGGAUAUUACCACUACCAAGGGAGGGCGGCAGAUGCUGACCUGAAAUAUUAUCCGGUCAGCAAUGAGAUAGCUGCUUUUCCCCCUUCUCGAAGCUCGAGUGGCAUGAAUCGAGAAUAUGAGCCACCGGCGUAUAGGCCAGCACCAGGGGUUUCCGGACUGUACCACUCUAGUAAAAAUAGGACAUCUCCAUCGUGGGAGCUUUCUCGAGAGGCAUUGGGAACCGUUCGAUCACCCAAUCAAGGAAGACUGAAUGAAUCGCCUAUCUCAUACAGUAACUCUGGUAGAAUACCCAUCACUACCCCGCCUUACGACCGGUAUUCAAAUGUUUCCACCGCUCCCAACUUGGGAUCAACUGGACAACAGCCACGUCCUCCCGCUGGUGGAGAUAUAGAUACUCAUCUAGUUCAUCCUUCUCAUGACUUGAUGAUGCGAGACCCUAAGUCUCCAACUUUCGAGCAAUUUAAUUUCUUUCAUUAUCAUUCGAAGAGACGCGCACCAGAAAGCACAAAAAGCAUUGCCAAAUAUCACCCACAGAGGCGGCUAUUCAACCGUGAUGAGUUUGAUGGUCCCACUCAGUUUUUAGAUAUGCCUUCCCCAAGGACUAUUGCGGAACAGGAGAAAGAUUUGCCUCGCCUACCCACCAGUUUGGAUGUGCAAGAGCAAGACAAAAUCCUCUGUGAAGUUAAUGAUCGUUUAGCCAGGUGUGCUUUCAAUUUUGUUGCAAAAUAUCGAUUUCCUAUUCCUGUGGAACCAGACAAGAGACAGGUGAGAACACCAGCCGACCGGGAAUGGACCGAAUGGGUACACCUUUUGAAACGGUUAGCUACCAAGCGCCGAAUUCCUGCCAGAGUUCUUUAUAAUGGCCAGAUCAAGCAGUUUGUGACAGUCCUGGAGAAUUCCUUGGAAAUGCGCCAUGCUGCAAAGCAUCAAUCAAGGCCAGUGAAAGAUGAUAGGAACGUCCUACAGCUCAUAUCCGCAGGCACUCAGGUUGCAAAAAUUCUCAAGGAUGCUUCCACAAUGGAAUAUCUAGACCAGCUAUACGGAGGAACUGAAAACUUAAUUCGGGACCGGCGCGCCCAGCGCGGAGAAGUCUUUCUCUAUUCCUGA